AUGACAAAACAGCAGAUGUGCCUCCGAGAUUUUUUUCUAAAAGGGAAAAAAGGUAUGAUUAAAGACGCUUGUAGUGAUGUGAUUGAUCUUCAUGUUGCUGUUAAGGGGGACGAGUUGGUUGAUGCCUUUUCCUCUAAGGAGAAACAUGAAUUUUUGGACUCAAUGCCACCCAUGAAGCAUUCUACCGAUGUCUCUGCGUCAUGUUACCUGGACGAUAACGUGCCAGAAAGCUCCAGCAGUAAUCACGGGGAGGGUUCCACUUUAGCAAGACCCAGUGGCGUAACCGCUUUCCCCUUUCAGACGAAACAUGUUGGUAAAUACGGCGCACUGACAACACGUAGUAGCAAACGCCCUCGUUCAGGGGCUCAGACAUGUCUGGAUUUUGGUCAAAGUGACAUUGGUGGCGUGACCACCUGCAGGAUAUGUGGAAUGAUUUAUAACGCCGUUAUGCCUGAAGAUAUACGUUUGCACAGGAGGUUCUGUCGACCCCAGGCACUCUCCAACAAAAGGCGUAAGGAAUUAGAUGCUGCUGAUGGUCAUUGUGUGUGGCUUGCUUCAAGAGAUGUUAUCGUGCAACUCGAUAGACUUGCUGGGUCUCAACGACAGAACUUGGCAAUGCAGAGAAGAUACCGCGCCGGUGCAGCGCCAGUGUGCCUUAAAGUGCAAGAGUCCACAGCAGAUGAGUUCAUUUGCUAUGUACUUGAGUGCGGUGCACGGGGUUUAGCACGCAGCGCCGUGGUUUCUCGGUUUGUUGAAGCUCUGCAGUUCGAUGACGUCACACUACAGGGUGAAUCAGAUUAUUGCUUGGUCGCUGUUGUGCAAGUUUAUUUGGAGCGACUCGUUUGUGUUGUGGCGGGGAGACCUGUCGCCCGUACACAUGAACCUACGCUACUCCCGUACAAGAACCAUUGCGAAACAGCACUUGGAGGGAAGCAGUAUUUGGAAACUUCACAGAAGACCCUGUGUGAUGUACCGUAUAUAUGGCUACAAAGUGAGUUGGUGCUUGCCACCACAUGGAGGGGGUGCUUGCAACAGCAAAUAGCACCCGCAGUAAAAUCGCAGCGGGACGUUACGCGAGACUUUUUCAAAUGUAGGGGCAUGGCAAGCGAGAAGAAGUUUGAGGAUUUGCAGCAAACUCGUUCUCUUGGCGACGCUGCCUUAAGUCGCGCCCUGUCCACUUUGGGUCGUCAUGUAACGUACGGCUGCGCGUUGUGUCCGCGUAGGCAGUUUUCGUAUGACAGUAGCGUAGUUAAUGAAAGCGUGUUGCAUCGUGUCGCUGGAGUUAUGGGAUGUGAUGAUGUUUCCACUUUGUACACCCACACCGGUGCGUCGUCUCAUUUUCAAUAA